AAAAAAUAAAGGCAAUCAACCGGCGGAGGCAUAGCCGCAUAGGUGCUUAGGGGAGAAAGAAAACCACGUUUGACAUUGUUAAAACUCCGACCACCAUGGAAGCACUGUCUUAGCAGCUAGCAUUUCACAUUUACUCCCAUCAAGACGCAAAUUUGAAUACAAACCCAUUUCAUUUUCCUUCUCUUUCUUCAAUUUAUUGAUCUGAAUCCGAGCCGCCAUUGUUGUUUCUUGUUGGGUUUUGUUGGGUGUUGUCUGCUGGGGGUGUUAUGGCGGAUACAGUGAAGCUUAUCUUGGCGAAGCCGAUUCAGUUGGCGGACCAGGUGACCAAAGCGGCGGAUGAAGCGAGUUCGUUUAAGCAGGAGUGUGCUGAGCUCAAAUCCAAAACAGAGAAGCUCGCUGCUUUGCUGCGGCAGGCGGCGCGUGCUGGUUCUGAUCUAUACGAACGGCCAACACGCCGGAUCGUGGAUGACACCGAGCAGGUUCUGGACAAAGCACUUACUUUGGUCCUCAAAUGCAGGGCCAAUGGGCUAAUGAAACGCGUGUUUACUAUAAUACCGGCUGCGGGGUUUCGGAAGACGUCUUCUCAGCUUGAGAGUUCGAUUGGGGAUGUUUCAUGGCUGCUCCGUGUUUCUGCUUCUGCUGAUAAUCGGGACUAUGAGUACUUGGGUCUUCCUCCGAUUGCCGCGAACGAGCCGAUUUUAUGCGUCAUUUGGGAACAGAUUGCGAUUCUUUCUGCUGGGUCGCUUGACGAUCGGUGUGAUGCCGCUGCUUCCCUCGUUUCGCUUGCCAGGGACAAUGAUCGGUAUGGGAAGUUGAUCAUCGAGGAAGGAGGAGUCGGGCUGCUGUUGAAGCUGUUGAAAGAAGAAGGAAAAGCGGAGGGUCAAGAGAACGCCGCCAGGGCAAUUGGACAUCUCGGACGCGAUGCGGAAAACGUUGAACACUUGCUUCUUGCUGGAGUCUGCUCUGUGUUUGCGCAAGUGCUCAAAGAAGGUCCCAUGAAGGUCCAGGCCAAGGUUGCCUGGGCAGUGUCUGAGCUCUCCAGAAAUAACCCAAAAUGUCAAGAUUUAUUCGCCCAGCAUAACAUAAUCCGGUUGCUGGUCAGUCAUCUAGCCUUCGGAACUGUUCAGGAACACAUCAAGUACGCCAUUGCUUCCAAUAAGGCCGCAUCAAUCCACGCCGUUGUGGUCGAGGGUGAUGAUAAGCUAAACAAGAGUCAGAUUCCACAUCCCAUCAUUGGCAAUCAAACUCCGAAUCAUAUGCACAAUGUGGUUGCUGCGGCUAUGGCAAUGAAUGGACUCUCGAAGCAGCUUCAAAAGCCAAGUAGUGGUACACUUCAGACUAAGCUUGUCAGGAACAAUAGCGAUGGCUUUUUGAAGCAAAUUCAUCAACCCCAUUAUCAACAGCACGUCUCUCAUUCCGGAAGUAACUUUAAGUGGAGGGAGCAGGAAGAUCCUGCUACAAAAGCUCACAUGAAGGCAAUGGCAGCAAGAGCUCUGUGGCAUCUUGCUAAGGGAAAUUCUGCAAUUUGCCAUAGCAUCACUGAGUCUAGAGCACUCUUGUGCUUUGCGCUUCUGUUAGAGAAAGGAGAUGAAGAUACUCAGUAUAAUUCAGCCAUGGCUUUGAUGGAGAUCACUGCAGUGGCAGAGCAAGAUGCUGAUUUGAGAAGAUCUGCAUUCAAGCCCAAUUCCCCUUCUUGUAAAGCUGUUGUUGAUCAGUUAUUAAGGGUCAUUCAAAAAGCCGAUUCAGACCUCCUGAUACCCUGCAUCAAGGCUAUUGGUAAUUUGGCAAGGACAUUUAGAGCAACGGAAACAACGAUUAUUGCUCCAUUGGUUAAGCUCCUGGACGACAGGGAAGCUAAGGUUUCGAAUGAGGCUUCCAUUGCUCUUUCAAAGUUUGCUUGCAUGCAGAACUAUCUACACCUGGAUCACUCCAAGGCAAUCAUAAGCGCUGGAGGUGCAAAGCACUUGAUCCAGCUGAUGUAUCGCGGAGAAAAAAUGGUUCAACACUCAGCACUAAUUCUCCUAUGUUACAUUGCACUCAAUGUCCCAGAUAGUGAGGAGCUUGCACAGGCUGAGGUGCUCGCCAAGCUUGAAUGGGCAUCCAAGCAAUUUUUCUUAACCCAGAAUAAGAAAGUGGAGGCAUUGCUUCAAGAGGCCAAAAGCAGAUUGGAACUCUAUCAAUCUACUGGUUCAAGGAGAUUCCAUUAAAUCAGUAAAUGCUCGUUGUAGAUUUGCAAAGCAAUCAUCAUGAGUCAGUUGCGCCCAAAGUUACAGUUUCUAUAUGUUCAUGCAGUUUUAUUUUAUCAUACCCAAGAAACUGAGUUCCAUGCUGUUUAAUUUUACCAUUUUCUCUGGAGAAAUAAAAGUUGGAUACAAAA